CCUCGACCAAUAGGGCCCGCUAUGGCAGAUAACACUAAACAGAGGACGAUGCCGUACGUCCGCCUCGGACAAUCUGGUUUGAAGGUGUCGAAGGUGAUCCUGGGUAUGAUGUCGUAUGGCAGCAAAGGAUGGGACUCCUGGGUUAUCGACGACGAACAAGAAGUUUUCAACCACGUCAAGAUGGCAUACGAUGCUGGUAUCAAUGCCUUCGAUACUGCCAAUAUGUACUCCAAUGGAUUGUCGGAGGUACUGUUGGGGAAAGCUAUCAAGCAGCUACAACUACCUCGAGACGAAAUUGUGGUGAUGACCAAGGUUUGGGGUGUUGUGGGCAAGACUUAUGAUACUCAUGCUUUAGCAAAUCGCUUCACGCCGGAUGAGAACGGCUACGUAAACCAGCAUGGACUUAGCCGGAAGCACAUCUUCGACUCCGUUAAGCACAGCUUGGAAAGGCUGCAGCUGGACUAUAUAGACCUCCUGCAAUGCCAUCGCUUUGAUGACGAAACGCCGGUGCAAGAGACCAUGCAAGCCCUUCACGAUGUCGUCAAAGCUGGAUACGUUCGCUAUAUUGGCAUGAGCUCUUGUGAUGCGUGGCAAUUCCAUGUUAUGCAGAACUACGCUAUCAGUCACAAUCUUACGCCAUUCAUUUCGAUGCAAAAUCAUUACAACCUCUUGUAUCGAGAAGAAGAGCGGGAGAUGUUCCCAACUCUGAAGCACUUUGGAGUUGGCUCUAUCCCAUGGUCGCCCUUGGCGAGGGGUCUGCUCACCAGACCUCUGAACGCCAAGACUUCUCGCGGUUCCGUUGACUUGUUGAUCGAUGCGUACAUGGGAGGGGACGGUACACCUGAAGUCAUCAAGCGAGUCGAGGAGAUCGCAAAGAAGAAGGGUGCUAGCAUGGCCCAGAUUUCUGCCGCAUGGGUCAUGCACAAGGAUUGCGUGGCUGCGCCUAUCGUCGGAACCACCAGCCUGAAGAACCUGGAGGAUAUCCUCGGCGCUGUCAAGCUCACCUUCACCAACGAGGAACUGGCGUAUCUCGAAGAGCCCUACAAACCUCGAGGAGUCAUGGGUCACGGAGCAAGCCUGCGUGCGUCUAUCAAAAAAUAUGUCAUGUAAGGUAUAGCGUAGUCGCACUGACCAGCGCGUAUCAUCAAACACGAGCUAUUUCGGCCUUCAUCUUUGUCCCUGUAAAAUCACAGGUGGGGACCCUUGUGCUCUCGACAUCGGAUACAUUUUCAGCGAAGGUAUGACCUCGGUCAUAAAUGGCUUGAGGGAGGAGCGGCAAAGGAGGCAUCACCUUACGCUCCAUUAGCAACUUGAGAGCACUGCACACCCACUGCCUCGAAGUGGAAUCAUCUGCAUCCUCAGGAAUUUGGACUUCCUUCAAGAGUCCCGCCAGUCCCAUCCCCGUAAUAUCG